CGCACAGCUAGUGCUGCAUGCCUUCUUCCCCCAUCACCGUCGUCACGAAGAAUGUCUUGACCGCGACCGAGGAUAUGCGGUCCUCGGAAAACUUCAAUCGCGAGUAUCUGCCAGCGGCGGCGGCCUUUGCUUGCCUGUACCUUCUCCUCCUGUUAAUGUUGUUCGGGCUGUUGUUGUCGUCAAUACGCAUGCCGCACCAAGUAUGUAUUCCUCUGUUCAUAUUCUGCUGUGCCCGCCUCGCAGCAUACGUUCUGCGUUCUGUAGAGACGGCAUCGGAUGGCGCGGGCCAAAACACGACACUUGUUCUCAUGGUCAAUAUCCUUUUCGAUUCCGGCUUCGCGUUUCUCCUCGAUGCUGCUUACGAAGCGGUUACGCUGAGAGAAAUGGACAAACAAAAUCUCCCGACGGAGAUAGAGCGGAAGAUCGUUGAUGGCGUCUCGUUCAAUCGCGGAGUAGCGCGGAUCGCCCUCGUCGGCCUGUUUGUGAUGAGCGUCGUCGGCCAGUGCGAAGAGCAACUCGAUCACAAACGUAGAUCUGUUGGCCUCGCUCGCCAAUUGCAGCAGUGCAGUCUAUACCUCGGGUUGGGACUGAGUAUCGUCCUCGGCUUCCAGGCCCUGUUACUAUGCAUAUCGAUGACGGCAAACACAUUGACAGGCGACAACAACCAGGACCGGGAACCCGUUCCUGAACACACCGCGUCGGCAUGGCCCUUCUUCCUCCUCUUCGUCAUGGCUGUGUUCCUCUUCAUUCGCCAAGUUUUUUACGUCGCAACCUUGCACCAUCGAGGCGCGCUGCGCAAUGAAGCACUCUGGUAUCCCUUGGCCGCUAUGCCCGAGUUCAUAUCGGCGGCGUUCCUUUGCAUCCCUAAACUCUCUUACUCCUCCGACAAUGAAAACGGCCCGCAAGAAUCUGCUUGAUGCAAUAAUGACGACCUGCACUGUACAAUAAC